AUGAACAAACUAUUAUCUGAUGAUAGUCUUAAUCAUAGUGGUAACUCAAUAACAUCAGUAACUGACGACAAACCUAAAGCUCCUACUAUAUUGGUUUAUGGAAACAUGGUAGAUAGAAUAGUGACACUGCCUCCAAUCGAGAUUCCCAAGACUCGGUCAUUAGUAAAAAAAGAAAAUCUCGAUGCUAGUAUAAAAGAGCAAGGUAGACAAAGACGUUCAUCAGAAAAUUCAAAAAGCAUAAAUGAUUAUAGUGAAGAAUCAGAUACAGAUAGAGAAGGAAAUAUGACUUCAGAGGAUGAUCCACAUAGACUUUGGUGUGUUUGUAGAAAACCUCAUAAUAACAGAUUUAUGAUAUGUUGUGAUACGUGUGAAGAUUGGUUCCAUGGAAAAUGUGUGGGUAUCACAAAAGCCUUGGGUGAACAAAUGGAAGCUCGUGGUGUUGAAUGGAAUUGCCCACCGUGUAAAAAAAAGAGGACUGAAGAUGCACGUAAAAAAUCUGAAGAAGAUAAGGCCAAGAAAUUGGAAGAAGAGAAGGCCAAGAAAUUGGAAGAAGAUAAAGCCAAGAAAUUGGAAGAAGAUAAGGCUAAGAAAUUGGAAGAAGAUAAAGCCAAGAAAUUAGAAGAAGAUAAGGCCAAGAAAUUGGAAGAAGAAAAGAAAAAACUACCAAGUUUGAAAUCACCAAUUAAAAACAGUGAAACAAAAGUUAUAAAAAUUCAACCUCAAUUACAACAAAAAUGUGUUCAAUGUAAAAAAAAUAUUGAAGAUGUUGCAGUAGGAUUAUUUUGUAAAGAAAUAUGUUUGGAAAAGCAUAUUGAAGAAAGUGUAGCUGCUAUAAAAGCAUGUUGUACUUCAGAUUCACCGGAUAUUAUUUUAUUUGACAAAAAAAACAGCAGAUUAAUCACAGGUGAACAAGCUCCAAAACUUACAAAUUUAAAACAAUGGAUGAAAGAAAAUCCAGCAUUCCAAAUUUUAAAACCUUCUGGACCUAAAACUAACAUUAAUAAACCAUCUUCGAAACCUCAAACUAAUUCUAAGUCGACUGCAAAUGCAUUUAAAUGUCUUAAAAAAGAAAACGAAAAUCGCCUUAAGAGACCAGCCAUUAGUCCAGAUAAACAUAAGGCAAAAGAAAUGAAAAGAGAAUUUGAUGUGUCAGAAUUAUUGCAACCUGAUAAAAUCAAACUGGUAUUUGUUAAAAAAGAAUCACCAAAAUCAAUAUUACCUAAAAAAGAACAUAUUAAACAUACUACUCCUCAAAAAGAACCUAAUAAACAUACUACUUCUCAAAAAGAACCUAAUAAACAUACUACUCCUCAAAAAGAACCUAAUAAAUUUACUACUCAAAAAGAACCUAUUAAACAUACUAUUUCUCAAAAAGAACCUAUUAAAAAUACUAUUCCUCAAAAAGAACCUAUUAAACCUGCUAUUCCUCAAAAGGAGUCAUCAAAAUGUAUACAACCAGUAGCACAGAUAAAAACCACAUCACUUUCAAAAAUAAAUGCAGUGCAAAAAGUAAUUAAGAAAAAACCUGAACCGGUUAAAAAAAUUGAACCAGUUAAAGAAAUUUUUAAUGAGAAAAAGGGUGAAGGACAAUUGCGUUCUAAUGUUCGUAAAUCAUUAUUAGAAUCAUUAAGUAGUAGAAUAUCUGAAGAACCAGAAUUAAAAACAGCUGAACAAGACUUAGAGGAAUUGAUCUUGAAAAUUGAAGAAGAACUUUAUAAUCAAUUUAGUAAGGUUGAUCAGAAAUACAAAACAAAAUAUAGAAGUUUAUUAUUCAAUAUAAAAGAUCCAAAAAAUUUAAAUUUCUUUAAGAAAAUUAUGUUUAAGUGGGUUACACCAUAUCAGUUGGUGCGUAUGACUGCUGACGAAAUGGCAUCUCAGGAACUUGCUGAGUGGAGAGAACGGGAAAACAAACAUCAAAUAGAAAUGAUCCGAAAAACUGAGUUGGAUAUGAUGAAUCAACCGAAGGCUUUACUAAUGAAGACUCAUAAAGGAGAAGAAAUCAUUGAAUCGAGGGAUAAUAAGGAGACAAUAGUAUCAGAGUUUAAUCCUGAUAUUAAGGUUGAGGAAAAAAAACCACAGAUUUUAUUAAAAUUAACCAAAGAAAAAAAAAAGAGCAAAUACAAAGAAAGAAGUAGUAGUGGUGAACGUGAUCGUAGACAUCAUAAGUCUAGUAGAAAUCGCCAUAAAUCACACAAGGAUAAAAAACGUAGAAGUCGUGACCGGAGCAAAAGCAGAGACACUAAGAAUAAAAAAGUUGAAAAGAAUAAAGUAAUUGAGACUGUUGCAGAACCAGUUACUGAUAACACUGAAGUACGUAAAGAUGAAGAUAUUAGUGAUAGGGAACCAAGUUCAACUGUUGUUAUAGCUACUCCACCUCGAAUGGAAGAUGAAGUUUGCCCUAUAUGGAAAGGAACCAUAAAUUUCACUGACGUUGCACGUUGUAAUGUAACAAUGUCUCGAUUAUCUGGUAAUGUAAUUGGAUUGGAUGAAGAACUUACUUUAACAGUUCUGGAAUGUGUUGGUCGUAUCAAACAACAAACUGUUUGGGAAUAUAUGGGUAAAUUGAAAAAAACUGGAACCAAAGAUAUUAUUGUAACAAAGUUAUCAGCAAGCGGAAUAGAACAACAAAUGUCCUACCUGAGCCUGUAUCAAUACCUCAGUGCUAAAAACCGCAUAGCAGUUAUUGAUAGUAAACCAUUUCCAAACAUAAAAGAUUUUUAUUUAUAUCCUCUUGGCAGUCAUAGUCCUAUUCCUCAGGUUUUAUUGCCAUUAGAUGGACCUGGUAUUGAUGACUAUAGAACCCAUUUGUUGCUGGGUAUAAUAGUACGAAAUUCUAAGAAAAAUUGGGUUCCACAUUGGCAACCGUCUGAAAAUAAUUAUGUGUUACCUGAUAUCAACGACACUUUGGCUUUACCUCAUCUUAAACCUUCUUUUCCAACAUCUAGUCAAGACAGUUAUUCACCAAAAGAAAGUUAUACUCCUCCAAGAUCACCAACUAACAAAAUUCUCAGUUUACCAACACCAGUCUUACCACUAUCUUCAGUUUUGACUGAUGAUGACUUGCCUUAUAUACCCGGGGAAGAAGAACCGUACUCACCAGUUGAUGAAGAUGUGCCUAGCUUGUCUGAUGAUAUAAAUAUAGCUGCAAGUAUUGAACAACAAAUGGAAGAAUUAACCAGAAAAAUUGAAAAAGAAAAAUUAGUUAUACAAAUGAUGACUGCCGGUUCUCAAAAUUCAAUUCUUAUUGAUGAUUAUUCACAAGAUCUAGAUGAAGAAGUUUAUAGUCCUACAAGUGAGCUGGCCCCACUAACAACUGAAAUUCAACUGCCUAGUAAUAUUAAAGAUAUACUUUCUUCCAUUAAUACAAAAGAAUUACUUUCAACUGAGGAGGAAAACUCUAAAGCUACUACAGAUGUUGAAAAGAAAUGCAGAGACCCUCGCCAACGAAUAUCAACAGCUGAACCUCCACCACCUGGGCUUGAAGAUGAGUUUACACCACCUUGUAAUCCUGACAUAAGUUUACCCCCACCCCAUUUCUCAACUCCAUACAUGCAACCUGUAAAUUAUAUUGCACCUAUUCCUUAUCCUUAUCCUCCACCUGGGUAUAUACCUGAUGCUUACCCAAAUCAAUAUGGACCUCAGCAACCCCCUCCACCUCCUCCAGCUAUGGUCCUAGAUCAAGGCAAAUACAACAGUUAUAAUCAACCUGGGUAUGCAUACAAUACAGUACAAUACCAACCACCUCUUCCACCAUCUUAUCCAAAAACUAAAAAAGGAUCAGGAUUUUGGGGCCACGGUAGUUCUAAAAAUGAACCGAAAAAGAAAAAAUUUAAAAAAUCAGGUGAUCGAAGAGAUAAAGGUUCUUGGAGACGUAUGUAG